CCUCUCGGUCUCGCUGGGGCCACUGGAGCCAAGAAGAGCCGCGGCCUCAUCGGUCGAUAGCGCCAUGACGGGUCAGUCCGAAAUCCAUGCCGGGAGCUUGCCGCUCUCAGCCAAGUGCCAGCGGAGCCCCAAGAGUUUCUCGCACUGCAACCUCAGAUCGCUUCCAUUCCCAGCAAAGUUUCCUUUCCGAGCCAAGAAAAUGCCCUCCGAAGAUUUAAGCCGCUAUCCCCUGCCAGGAACACCGACGACAGCAAAGGGGCCCGCGGCGUGUCAAUGUUCCAUGCAGACCAUCACACCCAGGUCGGUGACCAGUCACCAGCCUUUCCGCCCGCAGGGACGGCAGGUAGCAUUCUGCGGAGCGUAAUCGGACGCUGCAGAGUAAGCAUUCGAGCGGCGGGCUCGGCCGAGUUGGUCACUCCCCCGUUCGAGAGGCCUCACGGCUCCGCCCUUGUCUCGGCUUCCUUCAGCCCUUUGAGUUUUCUCCGUCCCGAUGUUUGUUGGGGGCUGGGCCUUGUUGGGCAUGAGCCGCUGCAUCGGUGCCCUCUGUACGACAUGGAUGAGAGAGGGCCGCUGCAGCGCAGAACCUGCAAUGACAUCCACUUCGCUGGUGAGGGUGAGGCGAACACGAGAUUGGCUCUCGGUGUUCUCAAGCAUCGACUGGUCCCACCAAAUGCUGCCGUAAGAUUCGCCCGCUCUUCAGCGACGGCUCGCAUCCAAACUUUGGCAAGACGAGGCGUGUCACCUGCUAUCGCUCCCUAUCGAGGAUUCGGCGACCUUGAUUGGGGCCAUGGACCAGCACAUGUACCCCGAGCGGGACGCCAUGCAGCAAUCGAUUUCGAGUUUAGCCGUUCUCUGUGCCGAGUGUCUCAGCCGCGAGACAAGCAGCGGUGUCACUGGUGCGCGCGUGGAUGUGUGACCGUGGGCGAGCCUCGGAGAGGACGGCCUCGAGUCCAGUGUAACAAAACGUCGCGGAGGACAGGCGAGAGCAGUUGGGGCCCAUCCGAGCGGCGUCCUCGAAACUUUCAACAUUUUAUAUUGGCCGCGCCAAAUGCAAAAACUAAAAACGCGAUUGCAGAGUUUCUUUCCUUUACCCCCGGCGAAGACUUCCUGCGCUCGCCCAACUCACCAUAUUCCGAUGCUCCUCUUCAGCCAGUCGUCGUUCACAAGGAGUUGUCCGCGGCGAAAGGAGAGACAAGAUGCCCCCAUGGCGGAUCUCCGCGUGCCGCUUGGGUUCCAACUUCGUGGUUGUAACACCGUCCCCAACAUUGGGUGAUACCGCUCAACGAGACCUCUCCAUCCGGCUGCCGCGGCAGUUACCCGAGUCGACCGAUUGUCCCUCUCACCCGUCUGCCAUGUGGCUACCUUACUCGAAAGAGGGCAUCCAUUCGGAGCCCCUGGAAGACCGCCCUCUUCCUUCAUUUUUGCCCAAUACUUUCUGGCCCAGCGAGGAGUUAGUUAGAUCGAUAGUUCCUCCCUCGGUUCUCGUCACAAUCUCAAGCCCCGUUUUCCUUUUUGUCU